GUCUUCCUUCCUUUCUGAAUAACAGCCUACAAGUGGUGGUGUGUCUUGUCUUUUUGUGGACGUUUUACUUCCAACAGCAAGCUGGAUGGUGACAUGUUUCAGCGUCAGAAGAACUGGAUUUCUGAUGUGCUGUGGAAACCCAAAAAGGCUCAUUCUCUUGAGCAGUUAAGAUAUCUCCAUUACGUUCUUACCAAGAAUUCUACCGUGAAUGAGACGAAUAGAGGAUUACUUGUGGAGACUUUGCGCUCAAUCGCGGAGAUCUUAAUAUGGGGAGACCAAAAUGACAGCAGAGUGUUUGACUUCUUCUUGGAGAAGAGUAUGUUGCUGUAUUUUCUAAAGAUGAUGAGUCAGAAAUCCAAUCAGAUUUGUGUCCAGCUCCUGCAGACUCUCAGUAUCUUGUUUGAAAACAUCAGAAACGAGACAUCUCUAUAUUAUUUGUUAUCAAAUAACCAUGUCAACUCCAUUAUAAUUCACAAGUUUGAUUUUUCUGAUGAAGAGGUAUUAGCAUAUUAUAUUUCAUUUCUGAAGACAUUAUCACUCAAGCUUAACAGGCAUACAGUUCACUUCUUUUUUAAUGAGCACAAGAAUGAUUUUCCUUUAUACACUGAAGCUAUCAAGUUCUUCAACCAUUCUGAAAGCAUGGUUAGGAUAGCUGUUAGGACUCUUACACUAAAUGUUUACAGAGUUGGAGAUAAGAACAUGCUUGGUUUCAUCCGAGACAAAACAGCAGAUCCAUAUUUUUGGAACCUGGUGUGGUUUAUUGGUAAUCAUGCUAUUGAACUUGACAACUGUGUUCGCAAAGAGUCUCACCACUUAAAAUGUGACAGACUGAAGGACUUGGUUGCAGAGCAUCUGGAUCAUCUUCAUUACCUUCAUGACAUACUGUCACUCAACAUACAAGAUGUGAAUAUUGUGCUAACUGGGCAUUUUAUUAACCGUUUGUUGAUUCCACUGUACAUUUAUUCUCUGGUGCGUAAAAGACCUGAUUUGGAGCAGGAUACACCUCGCCUUGGUGUUAUGGUAGCCUUUUUCCUUCUUUCUCAAAUACUUCUCAUAAUGUCUCACCCUCCACUAGUCUCUAGUCUGGUAGAUGUGCUUGUUAAUGGUGAUGAAGUUGCCUCAGGGUGCACUCCUGAAGAUUCUCCUCUACCUCUUAAAAAGGCUUGUUCUCUGAGUAAUUCAGCGGCAAGUGUACGAACCUUCCAGAGGCCUGAAGAAACACUGGAGGAAUCUCUAGUAGCUCUUGGAGUGAACACAGAAGGUUAUUCUUUCCUUGGGAAGACAUCAUCUUUGGGUCCUUUGUCCAGAGGAAAAUCCUUGCACGUGGCAAACUCAAAGUUUUAUGUAAAGGACAACAAUCGAAAGCAAGGUGAUGAAAUAGCACUCAUUUCUAGCAGGGAGAGAAUAAAUGCUGAAAAGAUAAAUGCUUCUAGAAAAGAUGCUGAUUUAAGUCCAGUCCAAGUUCCUCUUCUUCAGACUCCACUCGGACAGGGGACUGAUAGCGAGUCUGACACAGAUUCAUCAUCUGGUUUCUCCACUCCUGUUGCUACUUCAGGAGAGAGCACCAAAGAAGAAACUACCACAGAAAAACGUCCUGAACACGUUUUGAAUACAGUGGCUGCAACAGAUCAUUCACAUGGAGUACAGAGUGUCAUUCAAAGACCCAAGGAAUUCCAGCCUGACAGGAUGUUUCUUGAAGCAAUCGAAGAAAGUUUAGACUGCAGUGAUAACGACGAGGAGGCACUCUUUGCAAUUUGUUUGCUGUAUGCAGCUAUUGGUAAUAAGGGUGUGGAUAACAACUUACUUGAAUCAGCAGGACUCUCCACAGCUGAGAGCAAAGUUCCUUAUAACGAGCAACUUGUAGAAAGCCUCAUUAGAAUGUUGGAACUCGGCUAUCGAAAUGGGAGUCAAGUGCGCGUAGUAACAUUAGAGAUCGCCAUUAUACUGCUGAAGGAGCUGAUUAUGUAUACAGUAGAUGGCUCAAAGUGGAGCUACCUUAGCGAUAGACACUUGGCUCUGAUCGAGAAUGUUCGCGAGGCCAGUACGUUACAGUUGCGGCACUAUUAUAAGGAAGAUGAAAUUUUCUUGGACAUGUUUGAGGACGAGUACCGGCAAACAAAGGUAAAGCCUCCCAACGUGCAACACUUGAUGAUGGAUGCUACGCUACUCCUUCCUAUUACGGGGACACCGCUGACCGGAAUUGAGUUUUACAAGCGCCUGCCGUGUGGAGAAGUGGAACAUACUCGAAGGGCAAUUCGAGUGUUUCUGCUCAUGAGAGACCUUUGCUUAGCACUGCUGGGGAAGAAAGAAGAGCAACUACCUCUAUCAAAAGUUGAAAACUCUGUCCAUUUGGAAGACGUCCUGGAUUUAAAUAACAGUGACCUGAUCGCUUGUACAGUGAAGACAGAAGACAAGCAGCAGCAGCGCCGUUUCCUUGUGAUAGACGAGGCUCAGUUUAUACUGGUUGAACCAGACACCACCAAGUUGGGGUGGGGUGUGGUCAAGUUUGUCGCCAGACUUCAGGAUGUAGAGACAGCUCCCGAUAAGGAAGACAGUCGCUCUUUAUUCAUCACCAUACACCAGCCCAGCUCUGCCCGCAGCCUUACCAAGGUCCGCUCUCGCCCCAUCUUGUCUGCCAAAUUCAUCUUUGAUGAUUAUAUCCGUUGCAUGUCGGCUAAGCAGCGCCUCCAGAGGCGGCGAACGAUGCUUAGACAACAUAAACUGCACUGCAUAGCUCAGCUGUUAGAACUGCCAGCUAUGGCCUCUCCCCCGUCACACUAUUAUUCCAUUACACCUCCGGCUUAUGUUAAUUUAGGCCCAGGACAACUCGAAUCCCCGACAGAUUCUCAAACAAACGAGUCCGCGAAUGAGGGUGUUGACGGACCCGAGCAACCUCAAACGCAUGCGCAGUCGAUAGGUGAUAUGUCACAGGAUGGCGCUCAUGCUUCUUUUCCUGCAGCCAUGCCUACGCCCGAACAGUGUUUGUCACCAGUCCACGGCACAGGACGACGAACAACUUCUCAGGCUGAGGCGUUAGCGAGCGUACUCGAACAGUCACCUCCGCCCAACAAAACGACUGUAGCUCGGACCAUUUCGGUGGAGGAGGCAGCAGAAGCCAUAGAAAUGGAACUUACCAACUCGGUGCUUCAAUCUGUUCAAGAAAAUUGCUCUACCGGAAAUUCCUCGCCUGUAGGAAACCUGUCACGCUCACAGUCUGCAGAAAAUCUACGGCUUUUAACUGCCUGGAGAAAUCCAGUAUCACUAUCGGCCCCUGCCACCCCCCGUGGGGAUAGGCGCUCUCAACCAAUCACGCUGGAGGAAGAGGAUACCUUAGCAAAGGUAAAUACUCAGAAUUCAAUGUCUGAGCCCGCAAUAUUUUUAAGUGGUCAGUAUGAUUCACCGGCGGCAACCGUCCAUAAACCGGUCGAAAGAAAACUGAAAAGGACUGGGAACAGAAGAAGUGCACAGAAGGGAAAAGGAAGACAACGAAAAAGAUGAAUACUUUUUGACUUGCUUGAAAAAUGAUUCAUAAUGAAUUAUCUGUUGUAAUGAUUAAAUGAAAGUAACUGCUUACGAACAGUAAAAGGACCUGAAAUUAGGUAAUGACACUGAUAUUUAAGACUUAAUGCAAUGGAUGAAAAUACUCCUUAUUGGAAAACUGAGACGAGAUGAAAUUGGCCCAUAUUUAAAAGGAUUAGAAUAGAUUUUAUUAAAUGUGAAAUUAUUCUUUUAUCAGGAA